CUUGGCUGGAAUGAUCUCAUAUGUAGCCGCGGCGCUGUGAACUCGGGACGUGACGGCGGCCGGACGCGGUGUUAUUAUUAUCUUAGUUUUAAUGUGAUAUCUGAAUAGUGAAUACCUACUGAAGCUUAUCGGUUAGGAAGCGGCGUGAACUCGUAUCUGGAACGUAGCGAGUGUUUAUAGCCGCCUUUUGUUUAACGACUGGAUUUUAUGCACAUGUCGACGGAAGUCCAGUGAACCCAGUCGUCAUGCAGCGAUUCGGAAAGCUAACAAUGUUAUUGAAAGUUCUCGGUUUUGUUUUGCUAUUAUGCAGUCUUGUUCAUGGAAAAGAUGACAUAACAGUAUUAACCGUAGCAACAGAUGAAAACCAUGGCUUGGAGAGGUUCCUGAGAUCAGCCAAAGUUUAUGGAAUUGAUGUAGAAAUACUGGGCAAAGGAACAAAAUGGACCGGGGGAGACAUGAACCUCCCCGGAGGUGGGCAAAAGAUUAACCUGCUAAAGGACAAAUUGAACGAACUGAUGAAAUCAGAAAAUAAAGAAAAGAUUAUAUUAUUUACAGACAGCUAUGAUGUCUUAUUCUUGUCAAGUAUAGAAGAAAUAUUAAAGAAGUUCCGGUCAUUCCCGGAUACUAGAGUACUAUUUGCUGCAGAACAGUUUUGUUGGCCAGACACCAAACUUGCCAAUCAAUAUCCAAAGACAGAGGUGGCUAACCCAUACCUCAACUCUGGAGGAUUUAUUGGUUACCUUCCUGAGAUAUAUGAAAUUGUGAAUUAUAAACCAGUUAGUGAUAAAGAUGAUGACCAAUUGUACUACACCAAAAUUUAUUUGGAAAAGAAUUUGAGGAAAACUCUUCAAAUAAAUUUGGAUCACAAUUCUGCUAUAUUCCAAAACCUAAAUGGAGCAUUGUCUGAUGUUCAAUUAAAGUCUAACACAACUACAGAGGUCUGGCCAUAUAUAGAAAAUGUUGUUACUAACGAACGCCCACUUAUUGUGCAUGGUAAUGGACCAUCUAAGAUGACAUUAAAUCACUUUGGCAACUACUUAGCCAGAGCAUGGUCAGUCAAAGAGGGUUGCACCUUAUGCCAGGAAAAAAGAAUUGAACUUCAGGAUGAUGAGCUGCCUACUGUGAUGAUGGCAGUGUUUAUCGAACAAGCUACUCCAUUUCUUGAAGAAUUUUUGGACCAAAUUGUAACCACUGAUUAUCCAAAGGAAAAAAUCCACUUGCUAUUGAGGAACAACGUUGAGUAUCAUGAAACUGAAGUUGAUGAAUUUUUCCAAGCUCAUGCUAAGGAGUAUGCCACUGCUAAACGUAUUAAGCCCAGUGACUUUAUAUCAGAAGCAGAAGCCAGGAAUAUUGCCAAGGAUCGCUGCGUAAACAGUGCUUGCGACUACUUAUUUUCUUUAGACAGCUUAUCACGUCUUGAGGCGAAUACGCUAAGAUACCUCCUGUCGUCUGGAUAUGAUGUGAUCGCUCCAAUGCUGGUGCGACCAGGACACGCAUGGUCCAACUUCUGGGGUGCCGUCAAUUCUGCUGGCUUUUAUGCAAGAUCGACAGACUACAUGGAUAUAGUCUACCAAAAUAUUAAAGGAGUGUGGAAUGUUCCAUUUAUCACGAACUGCUACCUCGUUAAGAUGUCCUUGUUCAGAAAACCCGCUACUAAAUCAGUAACUUACACGAUGGACAGUAUCGACCCGGAUAUGGCUUUUUGUGCCAGCCUUAGAGAUGUUGGCGUAUAUAUGUAUGUAAGUAAUGAAAUGGACUUCGGACACCUGGUAAAUCCAGAGUCGUACGACAUUAGCCGCACGAAUCCUGACAUGUAUCAGCUAUUCGAUAACAAAAUGGAAUGGACCACGCGUUAUCUGCAUGAAGACUAUCAUCUCAACUUUGAUGAAGGAAGAAAGCAUUUGAUGCCGUGUCCUGAUGUAUACUGGUUCCCAUUGAUGUCCAAAAGAUUUUGUUCAGAAUGGAUUCAAAUUAUGGAGGCUUUUGGACAAUGGAGCGACGGAUCCAAUAAUGACAAACGCCUGGAAAGUGGAUACGAAGCAGUUCCCACUCGUGACAUUCACAUGAACCAAGUUGGCUUGGAACGACACUGGUUGCAUAUACUGAAAGAGUUUGUGCGACCACUGCAAGAGAUGGUUUUCACAGGAUACUAUCAUAACCCGCCAGUGUCGAUUAUGAACUUCGUGGUGCGCUACAGGCCGGAUGAACAGCCAUCCCUACGCCCGCAUCAUGACUCUUCCACAUAUACCAUUAAUUUGGCACUCAACACACCCAAUGUGGAUUUCGAAGGAGGUGGAUGUCGUUUUAUUCGGUAUAACUGCUCCGUGCGUGACACCAAGCUCGGCUGGCUGCUGAUGCACCCCGGCCGACUCACGCACUACCACGAGGGACUGAGCGUCACGAAGGGCACACGAUACAUCAUGAUCUCUUUCGUAGACCCGUGAACAUAUUUUAAUAGGACGAUCUAAACUCUCACAUUAGCUAUGACAAAUUUUAUAUACCUAUUAUGUAGUUACAAAUUUCUCGAGGUUCCUUUUACAGCAACAUUAUGCAAAUAUAUGUUACUGUUAUUUUUGCGUAGAUAAUCUAUCUAUAAAAUACUAUUUUUUAUUUAUUUUGUACAACUUAUUUUCAUGCUUCAUCCAACUGCGACCAGCAUUUAUAAGUCCAUCAUGUUACAAGGUGCGUUGGUAGGAAUUGGAUUUUUAAAUAUUCGUACAAAUACAUUGUGCUAAUUAUAGACUAAGUUAAAGUAAAAUAGAAUCUCGUUACAUUAAGUUUCUAGAUUGAUGGCAAUUUAGUAGGUUAUUAUGAUAUUAAGUAUAUUCUCCAAAUUGACUAGAGUUUAUGCUUUUAAUAUGUGAGUGUGACUUUUAUCUCAUACUAUAUUAUUAUUUUAUAACAAUAUGUAUUAAAAUAACCGACAAACUAUUUUUUUUAUAAUUACAUAAAAAUCUCGAUCAGAAGUGCUUGUAUGUAUAUUUCACAGUUUGUGAGAUGAGUUCUCACAGUUCUCAGUGUGGGAAUUUGUACAUAAAACAAUUGUGUUAAAUUCAAUGCAUUCAAAUAAUUAAUAUGCUUCUUAUUGAGAUUGGAUUUUUGCAAUUGAAUUAUUUUUACAAUUUUCUACUAACUUGUAAAUGAUAGACAGGAAUAUUUGACACCCUUUUUAAGUAUGGUCUGCGGUAAAACAAAUUUUAGUACACUACACAUCAUGGUAAGUAGCUGGUUUCCGUACUGUUAAUAUAAACCAAAGAUCAUUAUUAUAAUGCAAAAUAUUAUGUUAAGGAAUAAAUCAAAUGCAAAUAAAGAAGUUGUUAUGUA